GAAAAUCAUAUAAUGUCGUCAACCAAUUCUCAGCCGCGUGUCUGGCCGUGGGAUUUCUCAAAGCCGAAUGUUCUCUUGAAGGAUGAUAGUACUGCAGUAAACAUCAGAAUAACAGAUAUAGCCAAAGAUUCGUAUACAUCAAUACUUCAUACGUCGCCAAGCGAGGCUGAGGCGGCGCUCAGUCGCAAGGCUCUCAAACCAACGCGAGUCCGGAUCAUUUCAAUCUACUCACGCAAGACGAUAUCAGCUCUAGACAUUACAAAUAGUCUUCUAGAGCAUAUCUUCGAACGAUACCGCAUUCCUUACGCUUUCGCAGACGUUGUAGCCUCGUUUGGACAAGACCCAAAUAUUGCAGAAGGGAGUAGUAGCAACGCCGCUAUAUGUGCCAAAUCUCUAGGUGAUUGUAACCUGGUUUACCAAAUUCGUUACGUAGAGCAGAAUCGACGUGGUGGACAGAAUCCCUGGUCGUUUCGACAUACAGGAGUAUUCCAUUCCCACGAUGAGGUUGACACGAUUGUCUUAUUACAUCCAAUUCGAGCACCAUCUGUCGAGACAGUCAUAACAGCCAUGGAGACAGAUCCUGUGGCACGAGCAGGCUUUUGUGACAAUCCACUCCUGCUGCACACCUGGCUCUUUCGACAGUAUUUCGACAAUUGGCGCUGGUACUUUCGCUACAUCGGAGAACGUUUCGCAGAAGAGAACAAUUUAGCCAUGGUCGUGAAGCCUGAGCACACAGAACCAAGCUCUAGCUUCCUUCGCGUUCAACGACUACGCAAUACUAACGACAUAAUUCUCUUCGCACGAGCAUGCUGUUCUGGUAACUUGGCUUUGAUGGAGCAAUUUUCAGAGGCAUCGAUUGAGCUGUUGAGCCAGCUGGAGAACAUGAACGCGCACAAGUCCAAGAUGAAAGGAUAUAUCGAGAGCGCAGACGUGCUUGAAGGAAGAGUCCAGAACUUGAUCGAUCUCGUUGGGUAUACUCUGACAUUGCACAACCAACUCGAAGCCGCGAAAAUAGACACCGAGUUGCGGGAUUUGACUGAGGGACUGAAAAAGCUUACGGAAGACACUGUUGAUGACAGCGCGACAGUGAAGAUCAUAACCUUCGUAUCUGCGGUCUAUCUACCAGGAAAUUUCAUCGCUUCGAUUUUCGGCAUGAAUUUAUUUCUUUUCAAUCCUGUCUCCAAGAGGCUCCAGGUCUCUCCAGACUUUUGGAUCUUCAUCGCUACUUGGAUACCUCUCAUUGUCAUGACUGGCGCCAUAUACUUUCUUAUCUUGUAUCUCGAUUCUAGAAUCAAGCGCAAGCCGUUCCGAUGGCCGUUGCAGAUGAAGCCACAUAGCAAGAAUACGGCGUCUUGUUCAGAGAAGGGGAGGACUCAGUCAGGGCAAGGGGCCAACCACAAUCUCUCGUAAUUCUUAUGUAUACAAGUCAACCACUCAUCAACAUCUGUCCAUAUCACACGUGCAAGAACGUAGUA